UGGUUUGGCCAUCACAGUUCACUGCUCGUUUUCUCUGUCUCUCUCUCUCUCUGGCUGUAAUUCAGGCACAUUUCUUGAAUUUUUGAGAAGACAGAAGAACCCGACAAUCGAUUCAAUGCAGAGCUUCGUCCUCAAGAGAUUUUCAGGAUUCAAAUCCCUUUCCCGCCUGCGUUGCUUCUCUCAGUCCGCUCAUAAGGAGGCUACUCUUCACAAUGACGUCGCUGUUCCUUCAAUUCCGCCCUUCGAUUACUCCCCUCCGCCCUACAACGGCCCUUCCGCCGAUGAGAUCCUCGCCAAGCGCAAGGAUUUCCUCAGCCCGUCAGUGUGUAACUACUACCAGAAGCCGUUGCUUGUGGUAGAUGGAAAGAUGCAAUACUUAUUCGACGACAAAGGGCGCAGAUAUCUGGACGCUUUCGGCGGGAUCGCGACGGUUAGCUGUGGACACUGUCAUCCGGAUAUUGUGAACGCGAUCGUCAAUCAAACCAAACGCUUGCAGCACUCUACUGUUCUCUAUCUCAACCAAGCCGUCUCUGAUUUUGCUGAAGCUCUGGCUUCGAAGUUACCGGGAAAUCUUAAGGUGGUCUUCUUCACCAAUUCUGGGACGGAAGCCAACGAGCUUGCAAUGAUGAUGGCUAGACUUUACACUGGAUGCCACGACAUAAUAUCGCUAAGGAAUGCUUAUCAUGGAAAUGCAGCCGGGACCAUGGGGGCCACCGCACAGAGCAUCUGGAAGUUCAAUGUCAUACAGAGUGGAGUUCAUCAUGCUUUAAACCCAGAUCCAUACAGAGGUAUAUUUGGUGCCGACGGCGAGAAGUAUGCAAAAGAUGUGGAAAACUUGAUUGAAUUUGGAACUUCCGGUCAAGUUGCUGCUUUUAUAUCUGAAGCAAUACAGGGAGUUGGGGGUAUCGUUGAAUUAGCCCCUGGUUACUUGCCUGCAGUGUAUAAGUCCAUAAAGAAAGCUGGAGGACUCUGUAUUGCCGAUGAGGUUCAGUCAGGAUUAGCCCGCACUGGGAGCUUCUUCUGGGGGUUCGAGUCCCAAGGUGUUGUUCCUGACAUAGUGACCAUGGCAAAGGGCAUUGGCAAUGGUAUUCCCCUUGGGGCUGUAGUAACCACUCCUGAGAUAGCAGAGGUCUUGACUCGUAGGAGCUAUUUCAAUACUUUUGGUGGAAACCCUGUCUGUACUGCUGCUGGACUGGCUGUCUUGAGAGUCAUUGAAAAGGAAAAGCUUCAGGAAAACGCCCAUGUCGUUGGCACUUAUCUGAAAGAUAGGCUCAUUGCUUUGAAGGACAAAUAUGAAAUUAUUGGAGAUGUUAGGGGAAGAGGACUGAUGCUAGGUGUUGAACUUGUGACUGAUCGUGAGCUGAAAACGCCUGCAAAAGCUGAAACUUUGCAUGUGAUGGACCAUAUGAAAGACUUGGGAGUGUUGAUUGGAAAGGGUGGAUCCUAUGGAAAUGUGUUCAGAAUUACUCCUCCACUCUGCUUCACCAAGGAAGAUGCAGAUUUCGUGGUGGAUGCAAUGGAUUACGCGAUGUGUAAGAUGUGAAAGUUGGGAAGAAAGCAUGAAUAAGCAAGCAGGCAGCUAAACUGGUAGUGUAUCUGUGUUUGUUUGUAUGAAGUGAAGGCUGUGUUAUAGGAAGUAUUAAUAUAUAAGUUUGUGUAGAGAUUUCUACUUGUUGGUUGGUUGUCUUGGCAUUAUAUGAGUCAACACCUCGUUGUCUCUUCGCUUUAAA